AUGGGGACGGUGCGAGGCACACAUGAUGUUUCAUCCACCGCUGGCAGGGAAGCGGACAGUCACAACGACAGUGCCUCGAUUGGAUUUACGCAGUUCUCCCCAUCACAGCUGCCGACGCUUCUCUGUGGCGUGGAGGAGACGGACGGAGGGGUGUUGAGUGGCCGCGUGCUGUCGGAGCUGCGGCGGCUGCUGUGCUGUCCGAUGUGUCGCCGCGCUCUUGUGCACAACCCUGCCGUUGUUGACACGUGUGGUCAUGCCUUCUGCUACGACUGCAUCAACCUUGGCCUCGAGAACGGCUGCCUCCCUGUGGCAACGGAGGAGGAGGAGGAGCAGCAGCAGGAACAGAUGGAGGGGAAGGCAGAGGCGCAUGUGGAGGAGCUUCAUUGCAAUGCUGAGUCGGAGGGCAAUGCCGUUGGUGAUCGCUCAUCGAGAAAGCGCUGUGCUGCGGCGGCAGUUGGGGUGGCUGGUGGGCGGCAGCAGCAGCGGCGGCGACAACAACGACGGCGCAAGUUGAAGUUCACAUGCCCUGUAUGUCUGGGGCCCGCACACAAGUGGAACCUGGUGCGUGUGCCGUUGUUUCGGGAGGUGGUGGUGGAGGCGAUGAAGCACGCGACACUUGCAGAAGCGCUACGAGAUGACGGUGGUGUGUCUCGCGUGAAGGAAGAGGUCACUGUGAUUAGAGAGGUGUCACUCGCCCCAACAGCAGCAACGGCAAUCGACACUUCUCCAUUGCCGCCUCCACCGCAGCCACUGCAAGGCGAAGAAGAAGCUGCACUGACAGCAAUGGGCGAUGCAGAAGUAGUCGCAAAUGUUGAAGUGGAAAAAGAUGACGGUGAGCCUUCCACGCCUCAGCCGUCUCCUUCGUCUUCGGCGUCAUCUCCCGUGUGCACUCCUGAUUUACUUACCGCGCCGCCGUCCCUUGAGAUCGCCCCGGUCCCGCGGCCGCUCGCAAACAUCCACCCCCUGCUAACCGGUACUUUGGCGAGAGAUGUGCCUGUGGGAACUGCGCCAUCCGGCACGAAUAUCGCUGGUGUGACGACCCUUUUCGGUACUGGUCAAGCGACAGAGCUGGGCAGUCAAGGUGAGAUGAUCGUGGGUGGGACUUGGGGCGACGCUGACGACAGUAAUGUUGGUGUUGUGUAUUCACAGCCACAGCAGCCGUCGCGGCAGGAGGAUCCUGGUGCUCUGCCGUCCCACGUCUUCGAGGUGGACCCCUCCGUUCCGUGCACAGCGGAGGUGAGCGACGUCCUGACGGCAGCUGUGCGUCUUUUCGGCGGUGCUAUUUUCGAUGAGAGAGGUGCUGGUGGCAGCAGUCUAUUGUCGAAUUCGCAACAAGGAGAGAAGGAGCUGCAGGAUCAGCAGCCAGCUAUAUGCGUCGUUAUGCAUCCUCUGCAGCCCUCUUCUCCCAUUGAAGCGGCGCCCGUGAACCGCAAUGCGCUUGCUUGGAGAGAGCUACACUGUGCCGCAGCACCACUUGCCAGCACUCACUGUCUUGUGGUGGUCUCGCCGUCCCACCUCGCUUCUGUCCCAUGCCGUGAUGAAACAGAGAAGGAGGAGCGCAUUGUGACUGUCAUGACACCUUCUAUUGGAAGUGCUCUCAUCACCGGUGCGGCGGUAAUAAGCUGGAGAUGGCUGCAGGACAGCGUCAAGGCGAAGGAGUUGCUGCCGGUGGCGCCGUACACUGCGAGCGGGUCACUUUACGCCCGUUGGCAUGCGAUUGAGUUGCACGGCGAGGAGCCGGCGGCAGGGCAGUGGAUGAGCACUGGCUACGGUUUCCUUCUUCUUCCGGAUACGUUACUUCACGUGUUGCAUAGUGGUGGCAAUACGAAGGACCUUGUCGCUGGAAACUCAUCGCCAAACAUCACAACAGCAUCAGCUACCGGCAUGGCUACUGGUGGGUAUGCCAAUUCUUGCUGGCGACGCCUUGUUCUCCUAGGUGGCGGUGUGUGGAUCCAGCUUGCGGAGGGCUGUCUUGAAGCCCUUGUCGCGUAUGCGUUGUCAGACGAGCGAACAGAGGCGGAAGAGAGGGGAACACAACAAGAAAGCGUGAUGUCCCCCCUCUCUGUCGACGAUAAAGACACAGAUCAUAGUGAAGAUGUUCUUUGGCGGGCGCUCCAGGGUGUGGUGGGGCCGCAGCAUUGCCUGUGGCAGGCCGAGUGUUCCCCGGAGAAACAAGCGGCCUCAGAGUCGGCGGUGCACCGCGUCGUGGUGAUGCGGGGUGCUGUGCCGCUUGUCGGGCGUCGCGCUGAGUUGGAGCGGCGCCUGGCACGGCUGGUACGUGGCCUCGCCGUUCUUUUCUCCCUCAGCCCUGCAGCAGCAGAUGAACGGGUGGAGAGCAGUGUAUGGAGUUGGGGUCCAUCGCUCAACGAAUCUGUCUCGUGUCUACGCUUUGCGCGCGGUGACACCGCCAACGCGGGUGACGCUACACUUCAGGUGGAGGUGCGCUCCACCACUUGGCUGCUGCGGAAUCUCGCGGAGCGGCGGCAGAGCGCCGGUGUGCAGCGGCGCUGGAGUGCUGCUGUUGCUGCUGCGACUCUUGGGUCUGGCGAGAGUGGUGAUGGCAGCAGUGGAUGCAGCGGUACUGAAGUGAGCAGGGCUGUGUUUCAGAACCCCCUCUACGACUGCUGA